GGCAGCUCCCCGGCACGCACACAUACAUGCACACACAACACCAGCCGCCUAUAGAGAGAGUGCAUCGGGCACCCAGGACGCCAGAAUGAAGACCCUUCUCUACUGCGCGUCCCUCCUCGUCUGCGCCGUCAGCGUGUGGAGCCUCACCUGCGGGUCAUGGGGCACGGGCUGCACGGAGAAGGUGGCCGCUCGCCUCAAGUGCCUCCACGGAGUUGCCACCUUGCCCUGCAAUCGCUGCGAGUGCGCCAAGGGUCUGAACAUGCCCUGCGGCGGCCCCUGGAACAUCACGGGCAAGUGCGGGCUGGGGCUGGUCUGCGACAAGGACUGGGCUGACUUCAACUCGGAUGGAAUCUGCGUCAACGCCUCGACCUUGGCACUGGCACCGGAAAGAGCCAUGAACGAUGCUGCCACUCCCUCUUGGCGGAGGUGGAGGAGGUAACGCUGUUGGAGAAGAUGGUGGUGGAGGAGGUGAUGGUGGAGAGGAUGGAAGGAGUGAGGGAAGUGGACACGGAAGGGAAGAAGAUGGAGAAGAAUGAAGGGUAUAUCGAGGGAGAAAUAGGAGGAGGAAGAUGAAAGUGGAGGAGACGAAGGAGAGAAGUGGAGGAGGAGAAUGAAACCGGAAAAAAGAAAAGGAAUUGUAAGAGACGAGCGAAGUGCUAAAGAAGGUGACCAGACAAUAUACGUGUCUUAAAGGUGAUGUAAAACUAAAAAGACAAAAAAUCACUAAAAAAGAAAAGAAAAAAAAAAAUCCGAAACAAUCAAAUAACAAGACAUAUAGAUAAAAAAAAAAAAA